AUGGCUAUUAUAGCAAGGCAACAAGGACUUUCGUCAGGUGUUGUUGGAUUUUUAUUUACAGUUCUUAAUUUAACAGCAAUGAUAUCACGUCCAGCUUUUGGUUGGUUAGCUGAUCGUUUUAAAUUACACAAAUCUAUUUUUAUAACUAUGCAAGGAAUAACUGCAUUAUCAUUUUUUUUAAUUUAUUUUGUGCCAUCAUUUCCAAGUAAUGUAACAGUAAAAAGUGAUGUUAAUAAUACAGAAAUAAUUUUUUGUCCAAGAAAUCCAGUGUGGGAUAAUUGUUUUGAAAACCGAAUUCAAAAUUAUGAAUCGAAAGUUUUCAAAUGCCAUUUGAAUUGUAAGCCUGAAACAUGGAUGAAAAAAAAUUUUUGUGGUUACAAAAAUUAUGAUUGCAUUUCGAAUAUGAAAACUUUUGAAUAUGAAAUUUUUAUUGAUGUGAGAACAAUUGAGAAGAAUGCAACCUGUUUAAUUAUGAGAGAAUUUAAAAAUAUUUCAUAUUCAAAUGCUUUUGGAUAUUUUGAUGAAGCACCAUUGUAUGCAAAAAUAUUGGAUGUAAACUGUGAAAUAAAUUGUGAAGAUCAUUUUUUGAAAAGUUCUUUGGUAAAUAGAGGAGCUCUACCAGAUGAUGAAAUCAUGAAAAAAUAUGAAUUCUGGAUUUUUUCCGGAUUAUAUUUAUUUGGUUAUUCCGCUGCUUCUGUAGCGGUUAGUAUGGCUGACACGUUUUGCUUUGAUUUGCUAGGAGAGGAAGGCCAUUUAUAUGGAAGACAAAAAAUGUUUGAUUCAGUCGGAUCAGGAAUUGCUUCAGUUAUCACUGGUGUUAUAAUUGAUGUGGUUUCCGGGAAAUCUGUGUUUAAAAACUACACGAUUGUAUAUUUUUUGUGUUUAAUAUCGAUUUCUCUUAACAUGCUGUCUUCAAUGAGGCUAAACGUAAGUAUUUUUCGCACAUAUCGUUUUUUUCAUAUUUGA